CUGGAUGACAGUGAUCUGUACGAUGGUAAGCUAGACGACGAUGAGCUAGACGAUGAUGAGCUUGACGAUAAUGAGCUAGGCGAUGGUGAGCUGGAUAAUGAUCCAGAUGAAGAAGUCGAACUGAAUUAUUAUGAUGAAAAUAUUAUAGAU